CGAACUACCGCCGGAUGUUAUACCGUUUGGUGACAGCUCACCCUUAAGAUACCGGAAGCAAUCGUCUCUUUUGGUGACGCUGCAUAAGACUGCAAGACAUGGAACGGUCUCGGCUGUUUGGGUUGUUCGUGCUCAGCCUGGCUCUCGCUGGAGCUCAGGCGCUCACACCGGCGCACUACCUCUCCCUGCCCGAUGUGGCCCGGCUACAGAACCUCCUGAGCCAACAAUUCACCGGUCUGGACUCCGCGUACUACUCGGUCGUUGGUCUGUCCAAGCUCGGGGCGACCAUUCCCGAUCACGAGGGAGUAUGCCAGUUUCUCAAAUCCCAGCUGGAUCCCAUGAGCAUUGACUCUCUCUUCUUCGCUGCCGAGACCAGUCAAGCCAUUUCAGGAUGUGAGAUCCCUGUGUCCAAUGAGACGCGAGACAUCCUCCUGGCGGCGGUUAGUGAGGAUUCCACCAUGACUCAGAUUCACAGGGCGGUGAGUGCACUCAGCUCUCUGGGGCUUCCCCUGGCCUCCCAGGAAGUUGUGGGGGCUUUGACCGGUCGCAUCAACAAGGAGGACAACGUCAUGGCUAUCACUUUGGCUCUGCAGACCGCAGCACGCCUGUCCCAGCAGACAGAACUGGGAGGCAUACUGGAGGAAAUUGAGGAUCUCACGGCUCGUUUGGAUGAUCUCGGUGGCAUCUACCUCCAGUUUGAGGAGGGACUCGAGGCGACUGCCUUGUUUGUGACAGCUGCUUAUUCCCUGUCCGAUCACGUGGACAUGGAGCCCCCUCUGAAGGAGGACCAAGUCAUCCAGCUGGUGAACUCCAUCUUCAGCAAGAAGUCCUGGGACUCUCUGGCCGAGGCCUUCAGCGUGGCCAGUGCCGCCGCCGCUCUCUCCAACAACCGCUUCCACGUGCCGGUCAUCGUCAGUGCUCUGGGCCCUGCCACGGUGUCUCACAGUCAGCCAACCCUGCAGCUCCUUGUCACUGAUGUCAUGUCUCAACCUCUGGCCCUGGCCAACGUGCUGGUGGAAUCUGCGUACAGCGUGGCCUCCAAGAGCGUCAUUCUAAGCCACGCUUCAUUCACACUUAAUGAUGGCGUCUUUGAACUGAACUUCAUGUCCAGCCGGCCAGCCAGCGGAUAUUACCAGUUUGCCGUUGCAGUGACUGGGGAUACCCGGCUUGUUGGCAAUCACGUUGAGCUCAAAGUAAAGGUGUCCACUGAGGUGGUCGUUAACAACAUGGACCUCUCUGUGGUGGACAAGGACCAGAGCAUCGGCACAAAGACCACGAGGGUGGACUAUCCUUCCAAAGGCAAGAGCUCCUUCACAGCAGACAGCCACCAAAACUUUGCCAUGGCCUUCCAGCUGGUCGAUGUCAACACCGGAGUGGAGCUGACCCCUCACCAGACCUUCGUCAAGCUGCACAAUCAGAAAACUGGCCAAGAGGUCGUGUUUGUGGCCGAACCCGACAGCAAGAAUCUGUACAAGUUUGAGUUGGACAUCGGCGAGCGCAAAUCAGAGUUCAACUCUAUUUCCGGCACCUACUCCCUCCACCUCAUCGUUGGGGAUGCUACUUUGGAGAAUCCCAUCUUGUGGAAUGUGGCUGACGUUGUUCUGAAGUUCGUGGAUGAAGAGGCUCCAGUGGCCAUUCAGCCCAAGACACUUUAUGUGCCCAAACCAGAGAUCCAGCACUUAUUCAGGGAACCAGAGAAGAAGCCUCCCACGGUGGUUUCUAACACCUUCACUGCACUCAUCCUGUCUCCUUUACUUCUUCUGCUCAUCCUGUGGCUUAAGCUCGGAGCCAACAUCUCCAACUUCAGCUUCACUCCCAGCACCAUUCUGUUCCACGUGGGACACGCAGCCAUGCUGGGCCUGAUGUACGUCUACUGGACUCACCUGAACAUGUUCCAGACUCUGAAGUACCUGGCGAUCAUUGGCAGUGUGACUUUCCUCGCCGGGAACCGUAUGCUGGCCCAGAUAGCCGUGAAGAGAAUUGAGAAAAAAUAAGAGGACGGCCAUUUUUAAAAAGAAGACAAGACGAAGCUCCUUUUUUUUUUUUCUUGGGUUUUUUUUUUCUUUUUUUCAAGGAGUUAUUCAACGAUGCAUCAAAUCAGACUUUUAAAUGUGGCGCGGCAGUUCAAGAAUCCAAUCGGCAGUUUGAAUGCAGUUGUUUUUUUUUUUUAAUGCAGUUUGUCUGCGUUGCCAAAGUGGAAGAAAUCGAGAAAUCACAGCGUCACCGAGAGGGAAAAAAAAAAAAAACUCCCACUGACAGAUUCUUCUACCGAGGGCUGUAAAGCUACUGAUGCACUUCGUCUUCCUGUGAGAUUUGUGUUCCUAUUGUCCAACAUGCCCGUGACCUGGGGGACUCAUUUGUGUUUUUGGGGGUUUUGAUUUGACUAUUUUAUUUUUUUACAUUCCUCUUUCUUUCUAUUUUUGCUCGAUACCCAUUUCACCACGUAAAAAAACCGUUCGUCAACUUGUUUGAGCUGACAAACAAACAAACAAACAUUGGCAUUAGCACUGAUCUGUUGAACAUUACUAACUAUGCCGGUGUGUUUUCCUCUUUGGUGCAUCACAUGUGUUGUAGGAGCGGUAGUCCCCUAUUUGAUACAGGCGUCCCCCAGAAAGAAAUGUUAAAGAAAUGUGGGCCAUGUGAUGUUUUUGUAAUGAAGAAGAGGAAAUAAAGAUGUGGAGGUGA